GAAGAUUUCUGAUUCCUACACUUCGCAGCGAGAAAUGUCCGGCGACUCGACGGUUACGGCCAUGGAGACGACGGAGACGGAGGAAAUGAAUCAUAAUUCCGGUAAAAUUAACUCGAAGGACCCCGAGGCAACAGAUAUGGAGCUCCAGAUUCUGGCAGCUAUGCGAUCCCGCGUAUCAUACCUCACAAACAAAGCAGACUCAUUCACUUUCGAGAGUGUGAGGAGGUUACUGGAGGAAGAUAUGAGAUUGGAGAAAUACGCUUUGGAUGUUCAUAAAAGCUUUGUCAAGGAGCAUUUGGUUCAGUGCUUAGAAGAGGCUGGUAAUGAUGGCGCUUCAGAAAAUUCUCAAGAAACUGAGAAUAAAGACGGUGAGACUCCAGCCAAAGAAGUAGCAAAUGCAUCUGAAGAGCACGAGGAAAUGAACGAUGUAAGGGAAGAAACUGGUGGUGAUGAGAAAACUGUAGCUGGAGAUACGAAAGAUAAGGGGAAUAGAGAAGCCCUGAUGAGUGAUAUAAGGAGAGCACUUCGAAAAAGAGCUUCUUAUAUUAAGGCUAAUUCAGAGAAAAUCACAAUGGGUUCACUUCGUCGACUUUUGGAGGAAGAUCUUGAUUUAGAGAAGGAUUUUCUUAACCCCUUCAAGAAGUUCAUUAACAAAGAAUUGGAUGAAGUACUACAAAUUCCUGAUGCUCCAAAACCAUCGACUAAGCCUAAUGGGAAAAAUCUGAAGAAAAAGGUCAAGAGCACACAAUCUCAGAAGGCAGACAGUGAAGAAAAUUCUGACUCGGAUGCUGAGGACAGUGUGGACGACGAGGAAGUGGCUGUGGAGAAGACUUCGAUGCAGAAAAAAAAACUAUCAAAAUCAGAGGUGAUGGGAAAACGGAAAUGUGAAAAUGACAAACCGGUAUCUGGAAAAAAGAAAGCAAGACAUUCAGAAAUAGAUUCAGAGAACGACAGUGAUGCAGGAGAUAGUGUAAUGAGGGCUGAAAAACCUUUAAAGCUGGCAAAGGAGACUGCAACCCCUGUGUAUGGAAAGCGUGUUGAGCAUCUCAAAUCAGUUAUCAAGUCUUGUGGGAUGAGUGUUCCUCCUGUCAUUUACAGGAAAGUCAAGCAAGCUCCUGAAGAGAAACGCGAGGCAACUUUAAUAGAAGAACUUGAGCAGAUACUUGCCAAAGAAGGGCUCUCUUCAAAUCCCUCAGAGAAAGAUAUCAAAGAAGUGAAGAAAAGGAAGGAUAUAUCAAAAGAGCUUGAGGGUAUUGAUACAAGCAACAUUGUAUCGAGUUCAAGAAGAAGAUCCUACACAAGUUUUGCACCUCCUCCAAAGCCGAUAAUAACAAGCGAGAGCGAGAGUGACGAACCAGAAGAGUCUGAGAAUGGAGAGGAUAACGAAGAAGAAGUAGAGGAGGAAGGUAAUGAAGAAGUUGAGGAAGGAAGCCAAAGCGAAGAAGAAUCAAACAACGAGGAUGAUGGUGGAGAGGAAAGCGAAUGAUUUUGCAUGUUUCCUCUAUGCUUGUCACAGUGUCCUAACGUAAGAAUUCCAUCAUCGAUUCUAGCUUAGUUCUGUAUUAGCUGUACGAGAGUAGUGACAUUUUGUUCCUUUUUUUAUGACUUUUGAAACCCAAGUUGGUUAGAAAAGACAACUAAAGAUUAGGAAGAAUGAAUAUUUAAGCAUAUCAACCAG